UUAUUAAUUGCGCAAUUGCGAAUCACAUUGUACCCGAAAACGAUGCCAUUAUCGAGCGCCAACUUGAAAAUCCUGUGCAACAGAAUGAUAAAAUUUCAUCAAUUCUUUAUUCUUUUCUUGACGAAUAUCCAGAUGUGUCUAACGAUGACGUUAAUGUUAACUCUAUUAUUCCGUCAACAUCUGCCUUUCUUGUUCGUCGUCGGCUUUACGGAAUCCCAAGAUACACUGCUCGUCGAUAUUUCACAUAUCGUGGAUUCGCCCCCUUUAGACGUUAUGUAUAUCGUCGUUACAAUCUCUACGGAAAAACGGGAAUCUAUCCAAUCUGGACUUCACCAUAUAAUUAUU